AUGCUACUUGCUAGUCACGGCCAAAACGAGGAACCAACUCACGCAGGCUAUUCUGUUACCAUGGAACAAUGCUCACCUAUAGCAGCGAAAACAGAGACAAGUCUCGCUCAAUUGAGCACCAAGCUGCGUCAGCGAACGCGAGUAGAUUAUCAGAGUUCAGUUGAUGUCGACAAUCCGGUCCCAAUCGAUCACAUAGCGAAUCCCAGAUGGAAACAUGGCCAACUAUGCUGGGAGGCGCGAGGAAGAUGUGCCGAAGAUUACAAGAGCAAAGAAACAAAACUUCUGAAGGAACUGAAUCAGUCACGACGGGAAUCCUUCAGCGAAGUAGCGAUAUCACUCUUUAUGAUCGGAAAGACGCCGCAGAAAGCGAAGCCCAUGAUCAUCAUUUCAAGCGAGGACAAGCGAUCACGCGAAGAGGCCAAACGCGCCAUCGAAAGAAGCGGCAUUCUGGAGGAUUUAAACUACAAGAUAGGAUUUCUGAAGUACCUUCCAUCGGGUCCCAUACACUCUGUUGCAGGAUCACCUAGCGAGGUGUCUGGUGUCUAUACAGCAGACCCUUCCUCUUGUAGCCCCGAAGCAUCGGAUUCGAACUCCAGAGAAGACGCAACAUCUAGUUCAUCGAACCAACCAGGUUUUGCUGUCUCUUCAUUAGCCUACUACAACCCAGAACAGCGGCUGCGAACCACAGCAAUGCCGAUCUAUGUCAAGACCGCUGCAGACCGAUCAAGAACGGCGACCGCAAACAUGGUAUACAAUGGAACAGUUUACAAAUACAUUACUGUAUCCCAUGUUUUUAGUCCAUGGGGUGCCUCAUCGAUCGAUAGUGGAGAGGACGAUCUUGGUAUACCGUUUGAUAGCGACAGUGAAGAUGAAGAUCACUGCAACAGUGAGACUUCACAGGCCAGAGGCACAAUAUCAGCCUCAUUAAGAGUUCCUACAUCUCGAGAUUCGGAUAUCGAUAGCGCGAAAUCACAUAGAUCAAAGAUCUCGACCAUGCACAACGAUUCUCCUGAUACCGCUAAAGACCCCCCCUCUGAGCUACUCAGACUUGGAGAAUUGUCUGCUGAUGAUGACUUUGACAAGUCUGCCGAUUACGCUAUCAUCACUAUCAACGACUUCAAGCUCCAAAAGCAGCUUGCAAAUCUCGCCCUAUCCAAUCCGAAUAGGAUCACCCAGAUGCGUGCAGCCGAACCCAAGUCUUCUCAGGUCACGGCAUGGACGAGACGUGGUGCUAUCUCCGGUACGCUCGGAAAUGUGCCCAGAGUUAUGCGAUUUUCAGGUAGCAAGCGCUUUCAACAGAUCUACGAGUUCGCUUACAAAGGCGUGAUUGAAAAUGGGGACAGCGGAUCGCUGGUUAUCGGUGAGAGUGGCAAGGAAUUGUAUGGCAUGAUUGUUGCAGCUUCUAGCAGUCAAACUAUCGCCUAUGUGAUGGCAGCGAAAGAACUUAUUCCUAGUAUCGACAACACUGGGAGAUGGAGAUUCAUGAGCCCUAGCGACGAUCGGACUGAAAUAGAUCAAAGUCGUGAGACGAAAAGUUCUAACUAUUCUCAGACAGCGGACGACCAAAGGUCCGCGUGGACCACUCAUGCCGAGCCAACAUGGGACCAUCGGUAUCAGAGGUAUUUUCAUACAGUAUGGGACGCACUAUAUAAGAUGUAUUAUAGGACGCAUUAUGUAGAAGGGCAAGGAUGGGUGUUUUUCGAUUGGCUUCAAGUAGGCUUGGAUAACCGACCACGUAUGGAAUUGGAAGUUAUCGGAGCACGUAUGGACUCGGUCUAUCACAGCAAUCAGAUAGCAGGAGCAGCCAGCGUGAUGAGUACAGAGGGAGCCCCCGUUCGAGGCUCUUACGACACGAACAACCCGGUGCCUUACGAACCGCUGGACCAAAGCUUCAAAGUCAGGCACAGAGAUUACUUUGGAGAAGGAAGGAUGUUCGCUAUCCUUUUCACCGAUGCUGAUGCGCAUGCUCCAAAUUAUGUGACGAACUACAACAGCGAUUUGUCCCAUCUAUCCCAGUCCGCUCGAGCAAAAUACGGCGAACUAGCACACGCUCAAGUGCGACGGUUCAUCGUCGUCAAAUGCAGAAGAGAGUUUUGUUACGCCGUACCAGUUUUUACCUACAACAAUCGCGCCACCACAAAGCCAGGCGUCAGACCCGACGAACAUGCAAUUGCUUACUCGUACGGCUGCAGCCCACAAUUAGUCGCAGGCGAACAGGAGCUUCAAAAGGGGCCUAUCGCGAUCGUCAUGAACGCGGAUGAGAGGCCAUUGUCAACAGCAUCUAGAAUUUACUUUGGCAUCCAUCACCCUAUACAGUACAACGUCAAGGUUAAGGACCUAGGAUACGUACACUCUGACUGGAUGGCCACCUUUUCCGGAUACUGGAAAAUGGAGCAUAUGGAUGCCCCCGAACAAGGUCUUGAGGUGACAUAUGAUCCGACCAAUCAUGAUACCAACUAA